GCCAAAGCAAAAUCACAUUUCUUCUUUAACAGAAAAACACACACGCGCGCACACACAAUUGUCUUGACGAAGAGAGAAAGAAAUGGAAUCUCAUGUCGUUUAUAACGAACAGAAACCCCACGUAGUUUGCGUGCCUUAUCCGGCUCAAGGCCACAUCAACCCUAUGCUGAAACUGGCUAAAAUCCUUUACGUCAGAGGCUUUCACGUCACCUUCGUCAACACCAUCUACAACCACAACCGUCUUCUUCGAUCCCGUGGCCCAAACGCCCUCGAUGGGCUUCCUUCGUUCCGGUUCGAGUCCAUCCCUGACGGUUUACCAGAGACCAACGUGGACGCCACGCAAGACAUCACUGCCCUGUGCGACGCUGUCAAGAAGAACUGUCUCACUCCAUUUAAGAAGCUUCUCCAGCGGAUUAUCUCCCAACAGAACGUUCCUCCGGUGAGCUGCAUUGUGUCAGAUGGUACAAUGAGCUUUACCCUUGACGCUGCGGAGGAGCUUGGUGUACCGGAGGUUCUUUUCUGGACCACAAGUGCUUGUGGCUUCAUGGCUUAUCUACACUUUUAUGUCUUCAUCGAGAAGUGUCUGUGUCCAUUAAAAGAUGAAAGUUACUUGACGAAGGAGUACUUAGAUACAGUUAUAGAUUGGAUACCGUCUAUGAAGAAUCUAAAACUAAAGGAUAUUCCUAGCUUCAUUCGCACCACUAAUCAUGAUGACAUUAUAGUUAACUACGCCAUCCGUGAGACCGAGCGAGCCAAGCGCGCUUCUGCUAUCAUUCUAAACACAUUUGAUGAUCUUGAACAUGAUGUCAUCCAGUCUAUGCAAUCCAUUUUACCUCACGUUUAUUCAAUUGGACCACUUCAUCUGAUAAUGAACCGGGAGAUUGAUGAAAAUAGUGAUAUAGGAAAGAUAGGAUCAAAUCUAUGGAAAGAGGAGAUGGAUUGUUUGGAUUGGCUUGAUACUAAAACUCGAAAUAGUGUUGUUUAUGUCAACUUUGGGAGCAUAAUGGUAAUGAGCGCGAAGCAGCUUGUAGAAUUUGCUUGGGGAUUAGCGGGAUGUGGGAAAGAAUUUUUAUGGGUGAUCAGGCCAGAUUUAGUAGUGGGAGAGGAGGCGGUAGUUCCCCCGGAUUUUUUAACUGAGACAGUAGACCGGAGAAUGCUAGCAAAGCAACAAACGAAUUGUAAAUUCUGUUGUGACGAAUGGGAGGUGGGUAUGGAGAUUGGUGGAGAUGUGAGGAGGGAAGAGAUUGAGACGGUGGUUAAAGAGAUGAUAGAUGGAGAGAAGGGAAAGAAAAUGAGAGAGAAGGCAGAAGAGUGGCGACGCUUGGCGAAGGAAGCAACGGAUCAUAAGCAUGGUUCCUCGAUUGUGAAUUUGGAGACGGUUUUAAGCAAGGUUCUUUUGGGACAGAGAUUAGAGUAAUCUAAAUAAUAAUAACAAUCUCAA